AUGCUUUUUGGGAUCUCCGCAUGGUAUCAGCCUAUGCACGUUAGCAAAUCCAAGGCUCAGGCAAUCUGUCAGCCUUUUGCGACCAUCCAAAAGCAAGCAGCCGGUCUCAUCAGUGGAGUUUUCAGAACCACAGCGGCGGAGGCACUGAAUGCGGAGCUUUACCUACCAUCUAUCUCGAUUUACAUGAAUCGACUGGUGAAAGAGGCGGCUCUUCGACUACGAACAGGACCAGAACUCGGCAUACUGCCAACUAUGGUGCGACACCGAGCGGUACACGGAAAAGACUGGGCUAGAUGGACACCGAUGGAGGCGUAA